UCAUCAUCGAAUUGACCUGCGAACGACACGAUCUCCAACUACCACGAAAUCGUUGCGUGAAAACUUAUCAGCUGUUUGUCGAUUAUCAUGGAGUGAUCGCAUGCCGGACAACAACAUCCAACCAAUUCCACGAUGCCGUCGUCCCACCUGACUCGCGAGGUCUUCCGCCGACUCCUCGCCAAUGAACCAAUUUUCCAUCGAGGAUGUCUGCGACAACGCUCAUACGCUACAGCUUCACAUACACAGCCCUUAACACGUCGUCAUGUCGUUCGAACACAUCGCGCAACCACUACACUCCCACGAAGCCCUCAUCGGCGAACGUUCAUCAACUUCAAUCUUUUUCCAGCGGUCAAAGCCGAUCCUCGUCCAGCCCCUGUUGAGCCUGGACUGGCGACUAUGAAACAACUGGCAAAGAUGCAGCGACUUGGAGCCCGUCUACCACCCGUCUCAGAGGUCGCAAAAGCUUUUGAAUCCUUCUUUGCCUAUAAGAGCCAACAGGACCUUCCCCGGAUCGAGGACACACAGGCACAGCUUGCUUUACAGAGUUUCGAAUAUUGCAUAUCUGCGAACGAAAGUUCUCAUCUAGACGGUGGGGUUGGGGCAGAGCAGUCUGGGCUUCCCACAUUCGGCACUGAGUUACUUUCCAGCGUUGCGAAAGUCCUGUGUAAAAGCGUGCAUCGUUCCACCAGCACACAUCUCGAUUUGGCUCGGGUGUUAUUGCGCUUUGCCCUCAAAGAGCAAAUGGAGGAUUCGGUCAUUGUGAGAAUCCUCACGGCGUACAUAGAAUUCCUGUGCCACUCAGGCCACUUCCAGGAGGCGCGGAACGUCAUGCUCGAAGCAGAGGGUCACUUGAAGGUGGCACCGCCGAAAAAUUCGUCUGUGGCUGCCGGUACUGAACCGAGGGUAGCGACACUGACCGCUACCCCCGCGGGCGAUCAUGAACACCUCUCCAACUCGAAAAAGAAGCCUACGCCAGUGAAAGGACUUGAUCGGCUGUGGGCAUUACUCGCGAUGGCCACUGCUCGACACGGCCAUGAGACAGAUGUCUUAAAUAUACAUAUCAUGUGUGACCAGCGAAUCACCAAACCCGGACCAAAAGCCAGUCUCGCUCGAGCCAUGCUAGCCUUUCACAUUCGAACGAGUGACUUCCAGGGCAUUGAUAAGUGGUUCACUGAACUUCAAGUUCGGCUGGAACGACUUCGUGAGUGGCAGAAUCGUGCCAAUGCGGAGGGGAAAAGUAUUGACUUCGCGCAUGAGUUGCAUCAAAUCCUGCAGCGGUGCUUGCAGCACGGGAGAUUGGAUUUCGGGCAUAGCAUGGUCCAACGUGUCAUGAAUGACAGCCCAUCAAAGGCGAUUUGGGAUGAAGUAUUUAUUUGGGCGGCUGGUUGCGGCAAAGGAGCUGAUGAGAUCAACCGUAUGAUAGGAGUCAUGUUGCUCUCGAAUGACAAGCUACCCAAAGACCAACAGCGGUGGCCUGACGUUAAGACAAUCAAUGGCCUGGUCGAGUAUGCUGUCUCAAAGGACGAUCCAUACUUGGCAGAGCGGUUCAUCAGCAUAGGCAAGGAGCGCGGCAUUCAACCAGAUGCGAAGACAUGCAUCUUGCAGAUGGAAUAUCGGAUGCGCGUCAAAGAUAUUGACGGUGCUCUAAUAGCCUACAAAAACUUGCAAGCCAUGGAUCUUGCGAAUAAUGCCGACAUACCCGCCGUCAAUAAACUCAUUGUCGCCCUCUGCAACAGCAGUCGUCAUGACUCUGAAACAGUCAUGAACGUAGCAGCUGAUCUCUCAGACCGCCGCGCCCGGUUUGAAGCUGAUACAGUCUCUCAUCUCGCUCUACUUCACUUCGACCGCGAAGAAGUAGAAGAUGUUGAAGAUCUUCUCAAUGUUCACUCGGGGCACUUCUCCCUGUCGGAACGCGCCAAAAUCCUAGCUGAUCUAAUCGCCUACAUUGCUCGGCCAACAACUACGGUGCCACAAGCAUGGGAUGCUUACACUAUUCUGCGACAAUUUUUCGACGAAGCCGCAAGGCCAGAGCGGACAGAGGUCAUGCUUUCGUUUCUCACCGAUUCUCGACCUCGUCCAGAUCUCGCUACAGAUGUUUUCGUCACCAUGCGACAACACACCCGCCGUGACACACGACCAUCUGCAGACACUUACGUCGCGUUCUUCGUCGCUGCUGCCAAAAUCAAAGACUUGAAUAGCGUCGAGGUAGUCCACAAUCAACUCAAACUGGACGCAUCGAUCGUACUUUCGACACGCAUAUGGAGCGCACUGAUAUUGGCGUACACUGCAUGUGGUCAAGCUCGGAUGGCAUUGAGUUUCUGGGACUCGAUCACAGCGUCAACCGAAGGGCCGACCUACAAUUCCAUUCAUAUCACAUUUCGAGCCUGCGAGAAUGCCCCAUUCGGCGAUCUUCGUGCCGUGAAGAUCUGGGAGCGACUGCGCCGGUUGGGUCUCGAGGUAGAUUCGCAGCUUUGGGCAUCUUAUGCUGCUGCCCUUGUGGGGAACGGAGAUAACCAGCUAGGUUUCUCAGCCGUGGAGAAAGCCGUGCAAGAUCGGGAGCUUGAGGUGGACUAUUUCCUGCUCGCGAGCAUGUUCGACAGCGGUCACGGCGACGUCAAGAAGUCCGAAAUCGCGGAGUGGGCGAAAUCGAAAUUCCCCUGGCAAUGGCAGCAGGUGGAGGAGAUGGGCUUCGAAGAGGCCGAGAAUGGAUUCCUGUACGUCAAGGGCUUGAAUCGUGAGAUUGAGCCGUAAUGCAGACGGUGCAACGGCGGAGUGUUCCUGUCGGAUGAGAUACCCCUUCAUCACGCAUGCUGCGUUUCUUGUAUGUUCAUGUCUUCAUAUUCGAAAUGUAUAGAUACCAUGUCAUAUAGACUUCAUAGAUGGUGCAUUGACGCUGAGCGAAACAUUGAAGCGUUUUCAGCUCUUCAGCAGUAUGGUCCG